AUGCUGAAAACCGUCAUAAAAUCUACCAUGUCCCGAAAGAGAUCCUUCCAACAAUUUUCUAGUGGUACCAAGAAUUAUAAUAAUAACAAUUAUAAUAAUGAUAGUAGACCAUACUAUGGUGCUAACCCCAACCCAAUGAGUUUGGUGCAACCUCAUACUGAUUCAUCGGUGAGAGGUAUGCCUAAAGGAUUACCACAAGGUGUUACCUCAUACAGGAAAGCCAUUGAAACACUGCAAACUCAAAUAAGAAAGGGUGGAAUGAUUAGUACUCCUACUACAGAUUGGAUUAAAGACUUUGACCAUUUUAAACAAUUGUCGAAAAUACCGUACAAAGAUGGACACCUUACAAAUGUCCAAUCCAAUGGGAUCAUAGAGAAUUAUUUGAAAUCUAUUGAGAAUGACUAUCGUGAGAUUAACAGGAAGAGUACAACGGAAUUGAAUGAUAAAAUUGAAAGCUAUAAGCAAUCAUGGCUUAAGAAACAUAAAUCUAUACCUUCCGAGAGUGAACUGACCAAAGAUGGUAAGAAGACUGAAUUAUAUAAAUUAUAUAGUCAAGAAUUAAAAUCAAUCAAAAGAGAACAUAGACCAAUUGUUUAUGCCCAACCUGGUGAAUCGAAGUUUGAAUAUUUGACAAAUACAAUUCGAUUAAUGAAUUUAAACAAAACUAUAUGUUUUGCAUUUGAUAUUGAAGCUUACGAAAAUGAUAAUAAUGUCGUUACUGAAAUUGGAAUUUCCAUUUAUGAUCCAAGAGAAAAUAUUAAUUCGAUGGUCCCAUUAAUGAGAAAUUUCCAUCUUAUCAUAUCGGAAGCAUUGCCGUUAAGAAAUAGAAAUUGGAUUUGUGAUUUUAAAGAUUGUUAUCUAUUAGGUGAAAGUUUGGUGCUUUCCCUAAGUGAAACUGUUAUCUUCAUUCAAACUUUAAUUAAUUAUUACAUGAAAACAUCAUUCGCUAAUGAAAAUGAUCCAGAAUAUACAUGGUCCCGUGCAUUUGUUGGUCAUAAUAUUAAAGGUGAUUUGGAUUGGUUAAGGAAAAUUGGUGUAGUCAUUCCAAGUAACGAUAAAUUAGAUUUCCAACUGAUUUCAUUGAAGGCUCAAGCUGUUGUUCCUUCCACUACUAAAGGUAAAAUUUUGGAAAAGAAACUAUUGAUACUAGAUACACACACAUUUUAUUCAGCAUGUUAUGGGACUAAUGGUAGUAGUCUUGGUAAGAUAUUAAGACUUUUCCAAUUACCUCAUGCAUAUUUACACAAUGCAGGGAAUGAUGCUCAUUAUACAUUAAGAGUCUUGAUGCAUAUGUGUGAUAUUAAUUUUAGGAAACAAAUGAAAUUGGAUGAUUUAACGUAUAUGAGUGAAAAGAUUCAACAAUGGAUUGAUAGAGGGAAUUUGGAGUCCAAAAUACUUCCGAUGUCAUAUGCUGUUUCAGUUGUGGAUGCAACUCGUAAAGCCAAAGUACAAGAUUCUCGUGUUAGUAAGAAACCAUCAUUUAAAAAAAGGAACUCGUUCAUCAAACUGAGUUUGGUGGAUUACAAUGGUUUAGUGACGCCAAAGCUGCCUUUAAGGCGAUUAUAG